CCUGUAUGCGAAAUUGUAAAUCUGACAUCCUUGUGAAUUGUAAAUUUUGAGGUUAUGUCGUUGCGUUUUAAUUAAAAUAUGCCACCUUCAAUAUUUCACAGAUUAAUAUUAACAGCAGGAUUCCUGUCCUUAUUUCAUGCCGCGUAUUCGGCAGCUCAACACCGAUCCUACCUGCGACUCAACGAGCUGGAGUUCACCAGUCUUCCUCUUGAUAUCUUAAUCCAGGGAGUGACCAGUUUGUUCGUAGUAAUGUACGGGGUGUUGUACAUUGCGGGCGAUUUCAAGGAAAUUAAAGCUUCUGCGGAGUUGGAAAACAAGACCUGGGAGACAUACAGGAACAUUCCUUCGUUUUAUACGUUUAAUCAUAGGGGGAAAGCCUUCUCGCCUCAGUACGUGCAGAUGAAUUCGAAAUUACAAAUAGAAGAAAUUGAAUAAUUAUUUAUUAUGAUGAGUAACAUUUAUUUCUAGUCUUUGUGCAAGUUUAAUGUACACACACACAACAAGUUUAAAUAAAUAAGAUCACACUCCG